AUUAUUUUCUUCAGCCAGACAAUAAUUUUAUGUCUGUAUUCACGUGAAAAACGAAACAGUUAUAUUCCAAGAAGUGUUGAUACUUAUAGAGUGUUUAUAGAUACUAGUGAUGUUUAUAUUUUGUGAAUAGAAUUGUCGAAAAAUUGAUAUUUGAUACUAAUGUAAACAUUUUCAAGAAACAUACAGCAAAGGCUUAUCUUUUUUCAAGUGAUUGUCAAGUGAAUCAGUUUAUGUUGAACAUUUGUAAUGAGUGGAUGUCUUUAUAAAACGAUUUUAUAAAGUAAAAUUUUUCGAUUACUCAUAGAUCUUUUUUAUAAAUUGAAUUUAUAAAAAAUCAGUCAUAACUAUUGUGUGAUUCAGUUGAUAUUGAAUGUUUAAAACAAGUGGGCACCUAAAAUAAUUUUGUGAAGUUCUAUAAUAACAUUUACAACGGAAAUUCAGCAGGAUGUCAUCAGUUAACUUAUACACAAAGUAUAGAUUAGUUGUCUUUUUACCAAUAAAAAAAAACGAGCUACCUUCCAUAGACAUUGUGCCUCGUAAAUGGAUUUAUUUGGAUGGCAGAUUUGGAAAAUUAAAGUGCAUUUUUAUGCCACCUCCUUAUACUAAAGAGAACUCAGAGCAAUUAAGAAAAAUGGUACAAAAUGAUGAUGAUCCUCUGGAUAAUUGGCCAUCAUAUUAUUUUCAGGCUCGUGGGAGGGCAGAUACAUUUGAAGAGGCUGAAAAAUUGGCAGAUAAACUCAUAUAUCAGCCGUAUGCUUAUUCAACAGACAACGAUGAGUCUGCAAAAUUAAAAGCUCAGGAAGAUGAAGACUUUUUGAAAAUGCAAAAAUUAUCUCCUAAAAUGGCUUCAAAUAUGAUUGACUUUGCUGGCAAAAUUGAUUUAGAUGAUCUUGACGGCGAUAAGUUAUUAUUUUCAUCUUCAAAAAAAGUUCAAAAAAAAAACCAGCAACAUCGUUCUUCUGAUGAAAGCGAAAAAUGUACUUCCACAGAUGACUCAAGUGACAGUAGCGUAACGUCAACUUAUAAGGGGCGUCCUGGUUUAAAUAAUAAAAAAAAAUUUUCUAAGAAAAAUGAAAAAUCAUUGAGCUUUUUGAGUGAAAGAAAUGAAAAUAUUAGAAAAAGUGUGGAUAAUCAUAAUCUUGAUAUAGAUGAAAUUGGUUUAACUUCAACUAAAAAUGAUUUGGAAAAAGAAAAUAGUUCAUCAAUAAAAAUAAAUGCUCAAAAUGAAAGUUCUGACAAUCAAUAUAUCAAAAAAUUAUUAAACCAGGUUGAACAGCAACAAAAAAUUAUUAUUGAACAUUGUCAAAAUAUAAAUAAGACGGUUGACUCGAACGCUAAACAGAUAAAUAUAUUAAAAGGUUAUUUGAUCGAAAUUAAAAACAUCACAGAGGUUAAAAAUGCUGCUCGAAGCGAGCCGAUUACUAUUUUUGAUGAAGAAACUGAGGAAAUUCUGAAAUAUUGUCCAUGUUUAACAAUAGAAGUAUUCGACGAGUUUGAACAAAAAUUGAAAACCAAUGAAGACUUUAAUAAAAAAAUGGUAAAAAAACUUAUGAUAAAAAUUAACACCAGCCAACGCAUUGUCCAAAAUGUUAGCACAAUGAUGCGAGUGUUCAUGUCUCGGGAAGUAGCUCUACAGCUCAACCUGAAGCCAGCAGCUGAUGAUAAAAAAAUUUUCGUUGACACGUCUUUUUAUAAAAUAAUUAAAGCUAUAAUUAUUAAAAAAUUUACAAAAUCGGAACCGAACCCAAUAGAGGAAAAGGUGAUAAUACACAGCGUAGCUUCUGUUCUUUAUAAUUGUAAAGAUUGGGAAGGCAAAGGUGCAGAGAGAAGACGUAAAGGUGUAGAAAAAAGAUCUAAAACAAAAAAGAUGAACAAAAAGAAGACAGAUAAAAAGUCCACUGAUGAAGAAGAGGAUCAAGGUGACGACAAUAAGUAUUACAUGAUUUAUUUUUGA